UUGUUGUGAACCAAAAGCAGGAUGAUGAUAAACUCCACACAGGUUUCAUAUUUCACACUCGCUGCCUACUUUGACACUGGGCUUUUAAAAUACUUCUAUUUCACGGUCAUUAUAUCUUUAUAUAUUUUUAUUAUUAGUGCCAAUGUGCUGCUGAUUGUGGUCAUCUGUGUGAACAGAAGCUUACAUGAGCCUAUGUACCUGUUUCUGUGCAGCCUGUUUGUAAAUGAACUGUAUGGUAGCACAGGGCUGUUUCCAUUGCUCCUGGUUCAGAUUCUCUCUGACGUUCACACUGUUUCGGCUUCGUUUUGUUUCCUGCAGAUUUUCUGUGUCCACUCUUAUGGAGCUGUAGAAUACUUAAACUUAUCCAUCAUGUCUUAUGACAGAUACCUGGCUAUCUGUUACCCUCUCCAAUAUAACACACGUAUGACGUUUAACAAGAUUGCUGUACUUAUUGCUGUAACGUGGUUAUAUCCUUGCCUUGCAAUGGUGAUUUUGUUGUCUUUGACUUCACCUUUACAGCUGUGUGGGAACAUCAUAUACAAAGUGUACUGUGAUACCCACUCUGUUGUCAAGCUGGGAUGUCCUAACACCAGUUCAAUUAACAUGUAUGGACUCAUUGCGACUUUUAGCACAAUCUUUGGUUCUUUACUUUUAAUCCUUUACACUUACAUGAAGAUUCUUGUAGUUUGUUUCUCAGGCUCCAAACAGACCAGACAGAAAGCCGUCAGCACCUGCACACCUCACCUCGCUUCCCUGCUCAACUUCUCUUUCGGGGCCAGCUUUGAAAUUUUACAGAGCAGGUUCAACAUGAGUAGUGUUCCCAACACGCUGCGAAUUUUUUUAUCAUUAUAUUUUCUAACAUGCCAGCCGCUCUUUAACCCUGUGAUGUACGGACUGAAACUGUCCAAAAUCCGUGUCAUAUGUAAGAGUCUGAUAUCAAAUGUAGACAACUGA